AUGCCAGUGGUUCGGGGAGAAGUGGGAGAUCGAGCUGCCACAGUAUUGCGAGACAGUGGGUGUAACACGAUUGUAGUGAACAGAGACCUGGUUACGGAUGAUCAGCUAACUGGGGUUUCCAGUCCGGUGUUUUUGCUGGAUAGGACGGUCAAAUAUCUGCCAGAGGCAGAAAUUGAUGUAAGAACGCCUUAUUUUACACGCAAGGUAUUGGCGAAGUGUAUGGAGAACCCUCUGUAUGAUUUGGUACUCGGGAACAUUGAAGGGGCGAGAGGGAUUGAUGAUCCAGAUGAGGAAUGGGAGGGAGAAGGAUCAGGGAGAUCUAAAAGACGUGAGGAGAGUAACAUGCUGAUAAGCACGUCCGUGCGGCACGAGACUGCCGGCAGGAUGACCCAAGACGAGGGUGAAAGGGUGCCAGACGACGGUGUUCUGGAUAAAGAAAGGAAAUACGCAGGGGCGCUCAGAAAGGGGCGCUCUGACAGCCAAAGGACGAUUUCCGAGUUACCAGUCAUGACAUUGGAUCCGAUUGACAUUGACCACGCUAAGCUGAAGGAGGCACAACGUAGUGAUGAAACACUGAAGAGGUGUUUCGCUGUCGUUGGCACAGCGUUUGUGUCGGGAAAAUCGCAGGAAUCCGAGUUCUUUCUACACAACUAUAUUCUCUACAGAAGGUACAAGGACUCGUCGCAAAAACAGUGGAAACAGCUGGUGGUCCCCAAAGAAUUUCGGCAGAUUGUGUUGAAGCUCGCACACGAGGGGAUCAUGGCUGGCCACCAAGGAACAGGAAGAACCACCGAUCGUAUCCGUGAAGAAUUCUAUUGGCCGGGAAUAACAGCGGACGCGAAACGAUUCGUGAAAUCGUGCGACAUUUGUCAGAGGACUAUCCCGAAACGCUUGGUUAUCAGGGCACCCCUAGAAAAUAUGCCUAUCACUAGUACACCAUUCCAUAGAGUUGGCAUAGAUAUUAUCGGACCUAUCAAUCCGGGUUCAGAGUCCGGCAGCAGGUAUGUUCUGACGGUGGUGGACUUCGCAACCAGAUACCCUGAUGCAAUCCCAUUGAAGAGCAUUGACACCGCGGAAGUCGUAGAGGGUCUGUUACAGAUAUUUGCCCGAGUACGCUUACCACGAGAAAUUGUCAGCGACCGAGGGUCAUGCUUCACUUCAGCCUUAAUGAAGGAGGUCAGCCGCUUGCUCCCGCUCAGACAUCUGACCACGACGCCUUACCAUCCAAUGUGCAAUGGAUUGGUCGAAAGGUUCAAUGGGACAAUUAAACAAAUGAUUAAAAGGAUGUGCCAAGAAAAACCGAGGUGUUGGGACCGGUACCUUAAUCCGUUGCUCUUCGCGUACCGGGAGGUGCCGCAAAGCAGCCUAGGAUUUUCACCCUUCGAACUUUUUUAUGGCCGACAUGUUCGCGGUCCGAUGACAGUGUUGAAGGAACUCUGGACAAAUGAAAGCAUAGACACCGAAACGAAAACAACCUAUGGUUAUAUGGUGGAUCUUCGACGGAGACUAGAAGAGACUUGUAAGACCGCCCAUGAGGAAUGUAGGAAAGCUCGAAUGACCCAAAAGAGGUACUACGACAAGAAAAGUGGAGUUCGACAACUGAAAGAGGGAGACAGAGUCCUCAUCUUGUUGCCAACGGACAAAAACAAGUUGAUUCUGCAAUGGAAAGGACCAUUUUCAGUAUUAAAAAGGAGGAAUAACGUGGACUACCUAAUAGACGUUGGAAGAAAGUCUACUGUAUUUCACAUCAAUAUGCUCAAAAAGUACGAAGUGAGGGAAGUUCUAUGUGCUCCCCGUCAAGCCCUGGUUGGCAUUACAAUCGAAGAGGAGUCAGAGGAGCAAGACAUUCCUAGUGUCUGUCUUAGCCAACUGGAAGGCUACAACGAUGUACAGAUGUCGGAGGAGCUAACUGAACGACAAGCAGGAGAGGUCUACCAACUGCUAGAAGAACUUCGAGACGUAUUUUCGGACUGUCCCGGUCGAACCAGUCUCGUACAGUGCAAACUGAGAUUGACAACGGACACACCAAUUCAAGUACGCCCGUAUCCUGUCCCUCUAGCACUGCAAGACGCUGUGGAAAUGGAGGUAGACGAGAUGCUACAACAAGGCAUUAUUAAGAAAUGCGACUCAGCCUACAGUUCACCGGUAGUUGUCUACCUUAAUUCAGCCGGAAAAUUAAACAACCGGGUACUGAGGUGGAGUUUACUAGUCGCCGAAUACGACUUCCACGUCGCGUACAACAAGGGAAGCGAAAACUUUGGAGCAGACUUUUUAAGUCGCUUGUAA